CAAGGCAAGUGAGGUGCUGCCAUCAUCCAGGCUGGACAGUUCAGUGAUUUGCCUGAGGCCCCACAGCAGGAGAACGAGAAGGCUGCCUGAUCAGAGAGUCUCUGAAGAAGAUUCUGUGGCUACAGGCUUCAGCAGAGUGUGAGGGAGACCCCAGUUAUUUCCUCAGGUGUUUCCACCAAAUCCUCCUGUCUUUCGUGGCCACCACCCCAGGCAAGGCUUGGGGCCCCCAUCUGCUGCUGGACACAGAGCCAUGAAGAAGAAGUUAGUGGUGCUGGGCCUGCUGGCCGUGGUCCUGGUGCUGGUCAUUGUCGGCCUCUGUCUCUGACUGCUCUCAGCCUCCAAGGAACCUGACAACCAUGUGUACACCAGGGCUGCCGUGGCUGCGGAUGCCAAGCAGUGCUCGGAGAUUGGGAGGAAAAGCUGAGGUCAUCAAUGCCCACGAGGUGGCCCCCAGGCUGGCCUUUGCCAGCACGUUCAACAGCUCGGAGCAGUCCCAGAAGGGAGGGCUGUCGGUGGCGGUGCCUGGGGAGAUCCGAGGCUAUGAGCUGGCACACCAGCGGCAUGGGCGGCUGCCCUGGGCUCGCCUCUUCCAGCCCAGCAUCCAGCUGGCCCGCCAGGGCUUCCCCGUGGGCAAGGGCUUGGCAGCAGCCCUGGAAAACAAGCGGACCGUCAUCGAGCAGCAGCCUGUCUUGUGGUAUGUCUGUGGGUGCGGCCCCCUGACACAGGCAGGGCAGGCACAGCCCAAGGACCUUGCAGGCCGUAGCAGCAGUGGAGCGGCCCUCUGCCUUCAGGACCCUGCGCUGAUAAUGGGAUGAGGAGAUACAGACCCUUCCCACCACGUGUGAGGACACAUUCUGAGCGUGGGGUCCCAGUGGCCACUGUGGCUGGCCAUGUGUCCUGAGUGGCAAGGGACACUAGGAGGUUCCCGGAAGGGACACUAGGAGGACGAGCGCUGAGUGACAGGGCCACCCACCCAUGACAGGCGCUGCCCCUGCUUUGUGCUGGUCUCCUGUGUGGGCAGGUGUGGGGGUUGGUCUAGCUAAGUCCACCCCACCUGCUGCCUCACAUGAGCCCCCUCUGCCCCAGUGAGGUGUUCUGCCGGGAUAGAAAUGUGCUUUGGGAGGGGGAGAGACUGACCCUGCCGCGGCUGGCUGACACCUAUAAGACGCUGGCCAUUGAGGGUGCCCAGGCCUUCUACAACGGCAGCCUCAUGGCCCAGAUUGUGAAGGACAUCCAGGAGGUUGGUGAGUGGGUAACCUCAAGGGCCUGGGUGAGGAACUCUGCAGUGGAAACCCUGAGCUGUAGCCCAGAGCCAUGGGGUCCUCCUGUCUUGCCUGAGCCUGCAGGAAGUUCCUGGUGGAGGAGGGUCAGUGACUGGCCAUGUGGGUCCACAGCUCCUGCUUAUAUCAAAACCAAGAGAGGCCACACAGUCUAGGAGAGCAAGUCCCUGUUGGGGUAAAUGCAGGUGUAGGCAAGAGCCAGGGCUAGGGAAGCACUAGAAUACAGCCUGAAGAUCCAGGAGGACUUCUUGGAGGAGGUGGUGGCUGGGCUGCAGAUAACUUCGUUAGGCAGACAGAGGAAGGGAUUCCUAGCAGAGGAACAGCUGGGCUAAGGCCCAGUGGAGGGGGCUUUGAUUCACCAAGAGGGUUACAAGGGAUGAGGGUCGCCUUGAGAGAGGCAUGGGGAAGGGGAUUUGUGGGGCAGGGGCCUGGAGCUUGGCUGUGGCUUUCUUCAGGUAAUUUUUGUCACUGUUUCAUGGAGGAGGGUGAUUAGCGUGUCGACCUUUACCACUGAGGCUGGAAAUUGGCAUGCCAAUACCCUGUCUGUCUGGAGCUGACUCCAGGAGAAUUAAGAGCCUCCCUCCCUCCCUCUAUCCAUUCAUCGUGAGGAGAAGAGGCCAAGCAGCAGGGACACCGGCAGGAAUUCGCCAGUUAGAAAAGGCCCUCUGAGCCAGGUGCGGUGGGUCUGAAAUCCCAGCACUUUGGGAGGCCGAGGCGGGUGGAUCACCUGAGGUCAGGAGUUCAAGACCAGCCUGGCCAACAUGGUGAAACCCUGUCUCUACUAAAAAUGCAAAAUUAGUCAGGCAUGGUGGGUUGUGCCUGUAAUCCCAGCUACUUGGGAGGCUGUGGCAGGAGAAUCGCUAGAACCUGGGGGGCUGAGGUUGCAGUGAGCCGAGAUUGCACCACUGCACUCCACAGAGUGAGACUCCAUCUC